CUUUGCUGCGGCUGGUUGUGUCUGGUGCUGCUGCUGUUCUGUGUGUGGGGGGAUUUUGACUGUCGCGCGUCUCAACGGUCCGGGGGGGAUGGCUGUUUGUCUGUGAUGUAGUUUGUCUUUUGAACUACUAACUUCAAUCUCGUAUCCAUCUGUGACCCAUUCGGUAUUGCGGUUGACAGUUUGAAGGGAUUUGAAAGACCGCGCUAUGGCUCUCUCCCGUUCCUCCAGUGAGAUGAAUGGCGCCGCAUUCCCCUCGCCCACCGCCGAGAUGGCCGAGAUCAAUCGCAUUCACUACGAUCUAGAAUACACGGAGGGCAUCAGCCAGCAAAUGCGGGUCCCUGAGAUGCUGAAAUACUCCACUGACGACCAGGAAAAGGGGUUCUUCGAUGCACCCCACAGCGUCAUGAUGCAUGUGCCCGAGAGGAUCGUGGUGGCAGGCGACGGUGACGAUUCCCAGUUCCCCAGACCUCGAGACCUGGACCUUAUCCAGUCCACUCCACUGGAGGGGGUGGCCCUGAAGACGCCCCCGAGGGUCCUCACCCUCAACGAACGGCCCCUGGACUUCCUCGAGAUGGAGAGGUCCAGUGCACCCAGCCAGCCCACUGAAGAGGUGCGGUCACAUGGCCGUCUACGCAGAGAGCGCUCCGCCAGCGAGAACACUGCCACACGCCAAAACGGCCAGCUGCCACUCAAUGACUCCAUUGUGACCCCGUCUCUCCCGGCCCCCGUGCGAGCCGUGGUGCCCCUUGGUGCCCCCGUGGAGGAGGGCGAGUGGCUGAGCUCCCCCGGCGGCCUGCUCUCCUUCCUGCAGAGCAGCACGCGCCGGGCCUACCAGCACGUCCUGGAGGUCCUGGACGAGAACCAACGCAGCAAACCUGUGCUGAGAGGAGGCUCUUCCUCUUCCUCUUCAAAUCCUGGGCCUGACUCCAGGUGUACUCUCACCACAAUGGACACAACAUUGGAAGGAGGACCCGACGACAUGGCUGUAGUUGAUGCAACAACGCUCCGGCGACAGAUCAUCAAGCUGAAUCGCAGGCUACAACUGCUGGAGGACGAGAACAAGGAGCGGGUGAAGCGUGAGAAGAUCAUGUACUCCAUCACCGUAGCGUUCUGGCUCAUCAACACCUGGGUGUGGUUCCGUCGUUAAUGCCACUUCACUCCAAAGCCGCCCCUAUUGGCCACUGACCCUGUCCCUGUUGAGGGAGCUUAGAGCUGGAGGAGAAAGCUAAGCCAUGCAAUGCCUGUGUUCUGUGUGUCAAAAACUGUUUGCCAAAUAUUGCUCUUUCGCUCUCUCUCUCUCUGUCUCUCUCUCUCUCUCUCAUAGGCUAUAGCUGGAAAGCCUUGGUAGGGGAACAGUGUGUGUUUGGGUAAAGGGAUACUUGUAUUCAUUUUGGAUUCUUUCUCGUUUUAUUUUGUUAUACAUAUGGAACUUGUAAAUGUAUUAUUAUUUUUAUAUGACUUCAAUUGUUUUUUCCUUUGUUCCUCGGUUUUGUAUGUUUUUAAGACCAUCCUGCUGUUAGCACAAAAAGAUGCAAGCUUGAGUGACCUGUAUAUACUUCCUCUCAGCUCUCUGAGAGAUCUGGUUGUAUUUAUCAUUUCUAGGACGCACAUGGAAGCAAGCUGUUGGUGUAUUAUAAAAUAAUAGGACUGAUAUUGUGAAUGCAUAUUUAAAGUAUAGCAUUGUACAGCAUCCUCAUUAUGCAACACGUGUAUUUCUGUAGCAUUCUGCAAUCAAACAUUUAAAUUAAUUUCUAAUCAGUUUCCCCUGUGUUAAUUUAUAAGACCAUUCUGAUCAUCCUGUCAUUUUAUUUGUGUGUCAUCUUCAUACAAGGUCAAUAAAAUGUUCAUUGUGUCA